CUCAUGUCAAUUUGAUUAUUAUAUUGGCAAAACCAUAAUCAUUUGUCCAGGUGAUAAGGUCAGGCUUGUUUCAAGAUUUUAGGAUGGACAAUCACUUCAAUUUUCAAGUACACCCAGUAACAUUUUAACUAACUUAACAUCCCUCUGCCAGUUAAAUCAUAUUCAUCUUUGUCCAAAAUUUAUAUUCACCAAAAAAUUUAAGUAACCUUAAAGGAACAUGGAAUCGAACAUUGGAAUUGCAGAGGAUGUUACCGACUUGAUAGGAAAUACUCCUAUGGUUUAUCUUAAAAAGAUUGUAGAUGGCUGUGUUGCUCAAAUUGCAGCCAAACUAGAGAAUAUGCAACCCGGCUCCAGUGUAAAAGACAGGAUUGCAUUAAGUAUGAUUAAAGAUGCUGAAGAGAAGGGUUUGAUUACCCCUGGCAAGUCGGUACUUGUUGAAAUUACUAGUGGCAAUACUGGUAUCGGGUUAGCUUUUGUUGCAGCGAAUAGAGGUUACAAACUCAUCUUAGUUAUGCCACAUACAUAUAGCAUGGAGAGAAGGAUUAUUAUGCGAGCUUUUGGAGCAGAGUUGCGCAUUGUUGAUGCAUCCAAGGGAUUUCAGUCAAUACUCCAAAAAAUCAACGAAAUAGUAGAGAACACACCCAACAGUUAUUUCCUCAAGCAAUUUGAAAAUCCUGCCAACCCAAACAUUCACUAUGAAACAACCGGACCAGAGAUAUGGAAUGGGUCUAAAGGGAAAAUUGAUGCUUUCGUUUCUGGGAUUGGGACAGGGGGAACCGUGACUGGUGUAGGGAGGUUCCUUAAGGAGAAAAAUGUGAACAUAAAGGUAUACGGUGUAGAACCAGCUGAGAGUGCUGUUAUAAAUGGAGGAAACGCUGGAUGUCAUAAGAUCCAAGGAAUUGGUCCUGGUGUUAUUUUUGAUGUUUUAGAUGUCAGCAUUCUAGAUGAAGUUAUUAUGAUAUCUAGUGAAGAAGCAAUUGAAACUGCUAAGCUUCUUGCACUGAAAGAAGGUUUGCUGGUGGGUAUUUCAUCUGGAGCAGCAGCUGCUGCUGCAAUACGAAUAGCUAAAAGGCCAGAAUAUGCAGGAAAGCUCAUUGUUGUUGUUUUUCCAAGCUUUGGGGAGCGGUACUUAUCAACUGAGUUAUUUGAAUCAGUGAGGAAUGAAGUAGAGAACUUGCCAAUUGAGUGAUUCAUUGAUCACUACACGGGCUUGUGGUAGUGUGCAUCAAUUCAAAAGCAAACCAGACUUGAGAGGAUAUAGCUCAACAGUCAACAUUCAGCAAUUUGGCAGACCCAAAAAAUUGACGGCCUUCUGUUCAAAAGUAUAUAGCAUCUCACUUUAUUUUAACAGAUUGUUAAAUUUUACCUAAAUCUGAUAAACAGAUUAAAUAUGUAUUCUAUAUGUGCAAACAAUUUUUUAGACA